GAACGAUGCUCAGUCAUGACCGUCGUUGGAAUGACCCUUUCAGCGGUCGUUCAGGCGGUCCGGUCAAGUGCCGUGACCUUCGCAGGACAAUGUCAAUGCCAUCGCAAUGAGCACUAGCAAUGAACACUAUUCUUUACUUGCGGACCAGUCAAUACCAACUGGUAUUCAAUGGGGCAGCUUUCAGAGUGCAGAUAUGUGGCACCACAUCAACAAUCUCUGGGGCUCUGUCCUCUCGGCCCUUCGAAGCGUCAAAGUCCCCGAUGAGACGCAUCUCUCCUCCGCCUGGGAGUUGACCGCCUUCGCCUCUUCCGAAUUUUACUUUGGCGACCUUGAACGCCGACGCGCUCAGCUUCUGCAGCGCCGCACGCUCCUCCUGGAGCUUAUCGACCUCCAGCGCGCAGUCAUCUCUCCGAUACGCAUUUUACCCGUCGAACUACUCAGCGAAAUCUUCGUCUUCGCCACUCUUUCCGACCGCGACUGUCAACGGUGGGCGGGCGCAGAGCACGUCUUGGCGUCCGUCUGCGUUCACUGGCGCGACGUCGCGCUCGCGACGCCAGCGCUCUGGGCCUGCAUCAACGUCCGCGCAUCGUCGCGCCCUCCAUCGCGAUGGCGCGAGGGCGUGCGCAUCCGCCUCCAGCGCUCAUCAGGCUCACCUCUGAACAUCGCGUACGACUGCGUCCGAUCAACACCUCAGAUCGGCGUCUGCCAGGCGGACUUCGCGUACUGGGACGAAGGUAUCUGGAAGUUGCUUUGCGCCCACGCGCAACGGUGGCAGAAGGUUCUGCUCGGUGGCCUCCCGAUUGAGGCUUUCAAGGACCGGCCGCGCCUAUCGUUUCCGAUCCUCAAUGAGCUCGUAUUCUAUCCUUUCGGGACUGUCGUCAUGGACUUCUUCGCCGACGCGCCCAACCUGGGCAGCCUAUCCCGCGCUGGCUGGCGGCCCAAUAGCGGUCCUAUUCCCUUCCCCUCGGCCUGGAAGCUCUCGGCGCUGUCGCUAUACAUCAAACCCCUCACUGGCGUGCCAUUCUAUCCCAAGGAGUGCAUCGAGGCGCUGGGUAGCUGCAGUGCAAGCCUGCGUAUGUGCUUGCUGCACAUUCUGCAUGAAGGCGAGCUGCCCUUGAGCCCGGAGACGCCCACCGUUACGGUGUUCCCUCGCCUCGAGCGGCUGCACCUCGUCGAGAAAGCGGUCUCCGUCGCAAGUUACAUAGCCGCGCCGAAGCUCACGCACCUCGCCGUUGAGCACCCAGACGUAUCGCAGGACAGCACGUUUACCGCCAUGGCGACCUUGCUCGCGCAGUCGGAUGCAGCGGCGACGUUGAGGUCGGUCGCACUACUCGCCGUCGACGUGAAGAACCCCGCGCUCAUCAGCGGGCUGGCGAAGGCGCCCUUCUUCGACCACCUGGACCUCCUGGCGCACAGCGCGAUGAAGGGGCGCCCGGAGGCGAAGGUGACGGGUGACCUGGUGCAGGCGCUCACGCGCACGGGCAGCGCGGAGUCAAUGGCCUUCCUUCCCAGGCUGAAGAAGUUAACGAUCCGCUUCCUCAACUACGACAACUUCCCUACGGAGCGGCUGCGAGACGCGAUGGGGCGGAUGCUUGAUUCGCGCAUGAACACCGCCUUGGUUGAGGGCAGCGACCAGCUAGAGACUUUGGAGGAGGUCAGGACGGACUGCGAGUGCGCGUAUCUUGUAGGCUCUGUUGGUUCGUCGUGCUUGUCAAGCAGUACCACGAGCCAUUCUCGCUCUUCCUUCAGCAGCGAUUGGGGACCCGAAGUAGCUUGGAACGGCUACGAUAGGGAUCCUGCCGCUGACGGGAACUCCGACUCUGCACACUCUUCUCCCCUCGCGCAUACCAUCGCCGAACUCGUUCAGCAGGAUCAUGCACCCCAUUCCCCCAUCUCCCAACUUCCGAUCGAGCUACUGAGCGAGAUCUUCGAGUUCGCCUGCCUCUCCGAGCACAAUGACCACGAUCACUGGCUCGAUGGAGAGCUUGCUCUCGCUGCCGUUUCCCGAAAUUGGCGUGCCGUCGCACUCUGGACGUCGCGUAUCUGGACGCACAUCACUGUACGUGCUCAGUCCAACCCCUCGCCUGACUGGAGGGAAGGGGUACGCGUGCGCUUGGAACGCUCGUCGAACGCGCUGUUGACCAUCACGUGGACGCUUCAAUGGCACCCGCACGCGAGAGAUACGGAGGUCAACUUGGGCCACUGGGACGCCGAGAUCUUUGCCUUGUUGUGCGCACAGGCGCACAGAUGGCAUAGGGCGGAAUUGGGCUUCCUGCCGUUGCUGGAUUCGUAUGGCGCUCUACCGCGGCCAUCUUUCCCACGUCUGCACGAGCUCAUCGUCUACCCCUUCCUUCCGCUGGCUGUAGAGUUCUUCGGUGACGCGCCGGAUCUUACGACCUUGCCUUGGGUCGGUUAUUGCUGGAACGACCCGAUCACCCUUGUCCCUGGUUGGCGUAUUGCCUCACUGCACCUCAGCAUUCAGCCUCCUAUGUCCACGGAGUUCAGGAUGUUGACGUGCAUGAGGGCCCUCCAGAGCCUUGCGGCGACAAUUAUCCAUUGUCACCUUACAAUCUCGCAUUGGGUUAGCGUCCAGGAUAGCCCAUGGCCCGCCGUCACUGUCUUCGAUCGACUCCGCCACCUGCGCCUGUCCGAGCAGGCCUUCCUUGUCGGCGGGUACAUCUCCGCGCCCGGACUCGUCGACCUCAUCGUCGAGCGCCCUCGACCGCAGGACGACGUUCUCACGCACGUGGCCACGUUCAUCGGCCACUCCAGCGGGCUUCCCGCUUUGCAGACGUUUGUCAUACGCUACGCCAGCAUCUGGCACCAUGCGCUCCUCGACGGGCUCUCCAUCUCGCCCUAUAUCACGGAGCUCGAUCUCAUCGUGUAUGGUGGAACGGCCCACGCAAUGGCCACAGUGCUGACCAAGAUGAUGGUGUGGUUCUUGACGCGCAACGGCGACGCGACGUCGGCGGCCUUUUUGCCGCGCUUGAGGAGGCUGGGGAUGUUUUUCCUGCAGCCCGAGGAGUUGCCCAACGAGAGGCUGCGCGAGGAUAUGCGCGCGAUGGUCAGCUCGCGGCGGCAGGGUGGCAUCUUCAACGGGCAACCUCUGGCCGCGCUCGAGUCUUUCGAGACGGAUUGCGGGGGCGAUUGGCCCUGAGCGAAUUUCUCGGUCGGGGAGACCGUGUGCAUUUUGUUUCUUCUUCUUCAAGUCGGUUUUCCUCCUCUUGGUUUCCGGUUAUCUGCGUUCGGUUUCGGUUUCGGUUUCGGUUUCGAUUUCUUGGCUCUCAGAUGCGGUUCAGCAAGCUACGACACCUCACGCUCUUUCACGUGGUCCCGCGGCGCAAUGUAUAGAUACGACCACCCAUGGACAACGACUGCACAGGCUCACUUACGAUAUGCGACCCCUCCUCCUCUAAUGACCAUCGGUAUAUCUGCAAUCACUCAACUUGUAUUCUGUCACUACGCACGCAUCUGUAUUAUACUCCCACAUUCGUUGCACCUUACCACAUUCAUUGUAUCCUACUUACACACCACACUCAUUGUAGCAUACUUAUAACCACACUCGUUUACUCUCUGUUUUUCUUUUGUCACGCAAUAACGAGCCUGUAUGACGAUGUAUUCGAGCGAGGGCUGAUCUUGCAGUUCGAUGCUGACU